ACACAUAUUUUAAGACUUUUAUAAGAAUACGAUCAGGAAAAGCCGACUGUUUCUACAUAGCAUCCAUUUUGCACACGGUGCCACCAUUCUCGUCGGAAAAUGCCUUGUAAAUCGCAAUCGCGAAACAAAUGCUGGACAUCAGCUGUCAACUUAGGCUAUGUAGGACUGGUGCUUUUCUUGGCUGGAGGGGCUGCUGCUAUGGACGUGCUGGUGGCCAGUCAGAUCACAGCGCUCAACGGAACCAAGGUCAAAAUCGGCUGCACCUUCACUUCCUGUUACAAGGUGGAAAACAGCAAGUUUGCCAUGAACUGGAGCUACCAAGAGACAGCCAAUGACACAAGGGAUAUUUUCAUGAUCUUCCACAAGAACAAGAUGCAGCCCAGUGGAAUGCGGUUUGGGGACCGGGUGAAGUUCGUGGGGAACGUGGAGAAGAACGAUCUGUCGGUCACUCUGGAGGACGUGCAGAUCUCCGACGAGGGCCUGUACCACUGCUGGGUGCGCAACCCACCAGACCGCGUUCUGGGCCUAGGGACCAUCGAGCUCGUGGUGGUGACAGAGCUGCCGCCCCCUCGGGACACCACCAUCGCCGUGGUGAUAGGUGCGUCGGUGGGGGGCAUCCUGGCCCUUCUCAUCCUCUCCAUGGUGGUGGUGAAGUGCGUGCGUCGACACCGGAAACAGGAGCUCAUCUCCGACGAGCAGAAGAUGGAGGAGGAGGGCAAGCUGGAUCCGGAGGGGGGCACGGAGGAGGGCACCAAGUGGAGCUGGCAGAGAGACAGGCGCAGCGCCGGUGCUAGCCGAGCCGGGCAGGGAAUAGGGUGCCAGACCAGGGCCAAGCCCGAGCCAGACCUGGGCCAGAUCGACUGA